GCGGGAGAAUGAAUUCUUCAUAUAUUGGAUGAUGUUUGCUAAUCAGAAUUACUCGCAAUGAUUGUGCGAGCUUACCUUUGACUUGGGUUAUAGCUUAACGUGAAUCAUUUACCGCGGAAAUGAUAAGUAUGGGUUUUCCUUGAUUGGUCAUUAAUGCUUGUUAAUCAUUUUCAGUCAUCUCGAACAAAUUCUCUUGCUUUCUGCAGAUAGUUCCAUGGAAGCGGCACUUGCGCGCUAUGGACUUCCUUAUCUCCCCUUUUUCUUAGGUAUGACUAAGCCUUUUUCUCCUCACAACUAUGAAUAUCUCAAGCAGCACUAUGCCCAAAAUAAGAAAGAAAUUUCUACAUGUGAUUAGAAUCAUUGCACUACUCUAAUCCCGGGACGAAUUUCUCCACAGCCCACUUCGUCGCAGCAAAAUUCGUGCUUGGAGCUCCAUGUGUAUUGAUAUUUCUAAUCUAUAAGUGGAUGAGAAGGCACCUUGCAGCAGACGGAAACAUCGAAGAGUUUCUUCAAGCUCAUAACAACUUUUUGCCCAUAAGGUACUCUUACUCGGACAUCAAGAAAAUCACCAGAAAUUUUGGACACAAAUUAGGUGAAGGAGGAUAUGGCUCUGUGUACAAGGGAGUACUUAGAAGUGGCAAUGAAGUUGCUGUUAAGAUUUUGAACAAACCAAAAUCUAACGGCCAAGAUUUUAUAAGUGAAGUGGCUACUGUUGGAAGGAUCCACCAUGCUAACGUAGUGCAACUUGUUGGUUUUUGCUUUAACAACUCUAAGCAAGCUCUCGUGUACGAUUUCAUGUCGAACGGAUCUUUGGAUAAGCACCUUUUCUCUAAAGAUGGAAAUGAUUCUCUUGACUAUAAGAAAACAUAUGAGAUAUCUCUUGGUGUGGCUAGGGGGAUAGAAUAUUUACAUCGGGGAUGCGACAUGCAAAUUCUACACUUUGACAUCAAGCCUCACAACAUUCUUCUAGAUGAAAAUUUCACUCCGAAAGUUUCUGAUUUCGGGCUUGCAAGACUUUACCCCGUGGACCGUAGCAUAGUGUCGUUGACUGCUGCAAGAGGUACCUUGGGAUACAUGGCUCCCGAGCUAUUCUACAAGGACAUUGGUGGUGUCUCAUACAAAGCUGAUGUUUAUAGUUUCGGGAUGUUGCUGAUGGAAAUGGCCAGUAGAAGGAAAAAUAUAAAUGCACAUGUAGAACAUUCAAGUCAAAUUUAUUUCCCUUUGUGGGUAUACGAUCAACUCAGCAGAGAGAACGAGGUGGAAAUUGAAGAAGCAGAAGGGGAAAAGGAGAUAACGAGGAAGAUGGUAAUAGUUGCCCUCUGGUGCAUACAGUUAAUCCCUGAUGAUCGGCCAUCGAUGAGGAAGGUGCUAAACAUGCUUGAAGGUGAUAUUGAUAAUCUGCAACUGCCUCCGAAACCACUUCUGUAUCCGUCCGAGAGGCCAGUUGAUGACGUGGACACUGAAAUAGAACUUGAAUCAUUCCCCAGCACAUCGAUUGCUCCAACAAUUUGUGAAGGGUACCAAUUUCAGAAUGGCAAUGAAAUUACGGCAGCGUGCAUUGUAUGAAUUUUCUUUUCUCCAUGUUCGAAUGAA